AUGCUGUAUGAGAUGAUUGGAAUAGUACGACCCGGCAACCUCGCCGAGGUCAAAGAGAUCGUCCUCGCCGCGGGCCAGCUGGUGCUCCGCAACGGCGGCGUCGUGCGGUCGGUGGACAACUGGGGCGUGUUCGCGCUGCCGCGGGCGGUGUCCAAGAACCAACAGCUGCACCACAACGGGCACUACUUCGCGAUGCGGUACGACGCGUCGACGGCGGCGCAAGGGAUCGUCCGCAGCACCAUCAGCCUCGACCCUCGCGUCAUCCGCUCCACCAGCGUCAAGCUCGGCGACGGCAAGCUCGAGUCGCUCAGCCGGUUCGGCCAGAUCAGCUGGGCCAACUCUGCGCUGUAG